CGGAAAAUACGAGAAAAUUGACACAAAAACUCGACAAAACAGACGCUCGAGCGAUGCAUUUAUCGACUGCAAUCAUCUGAAUCCACGAAUUACCGGAAUUUCGAGCGAUUAAGCGAAUUUCAAACAAUUUUCUAGAAGAAUUUUUUUAUUUGGGCGAACACCGAGCAAAAAUUACAGAAUCCGGGCUUUCGCAUUAAAUGACGAAAAGUAGCAACGAUUGAGCAGAGUGUCGGCGAAAUGGACACCAGCAACGACGAGCAGAACAUGGAACCGGAUGAUCGGACCGAAGAUCCGACAAAACGUAAAGUCGGGGAGGCGGAAUUGGAUGAGGACGCACCAGAAACAAAAUCCGCAAAACUUGAAGAUCCCGAAGAAGAGGAAGAAAAUGUGAAAGAAGAGGAGGAAUCAGCCGACGGUGCUGAUGAGACCGACAGGGAAUUCCAAGAUGCGGAACAAAAAUUGAAAGAAAUGGACGAAAUUACGUUCAAAUCGGUGUCGAAGCAGGACGACGCUGACGGGAGCGACAUGAAAAAACGCAAACCGACGAAUUUACGGAAAAAUAUCAAAGAUGUGUUGGAUGACACGCAACUCGAUGCCUCGACAUUGGCCGCCCAGAAGGAAGAAAUGGAGCGUCUUGCUCGCGUUCAGGAGCAACAGCGGAUUUUGCGCGAGUCCCAGCGACAUGCUGCAAUGGACAAAUUUAGUAAGACUGAGGAGAAGGUGUUGCAAUUCUUGCAGGGACAUGCGAAUUUGGGAAAAUCCUCGGUUCCGGCGACCGAAGAUGCAGCAACUCUUCAAACCACCUCCACGACUGAUCUCACGCCAUCGGUGACAAUUCGUCCCGUGCAAAGUAGCGACAAAACAGAUCCCGCAGCAGCAACGACGCCAAUGAAAAAAGAUGUCGUUACCAUCAGCAGCGACGAGGAAGAUUGCAUCGUUUUGUCGGAUGAUGACGAAAUUGACAACGAGCCCGAUGAGGAUCCGAAUAAUUGCGGAUUGCACACAAAUGAUACGUACAACGUGCCGGACGAGCAGGGAAGAGUGCUUGUGAAUGUCGGACAUGCCCCCGAGGAGCCAGAUAUCUUUUUGGCACCGCAACUGGGGAAAAUUGUGAAGCCGCAUCAGAUUGGAGGAAUUCGGUUUUUGUUCGAUAACAUCAUUGAGUCGACAAGUCGGUAUGAUACGAGUACCGGUUUCGGGUGCAUUUUGGCACAUUCGAUGGGUCUCGGCAAAACCCUCCAACUGGUGAGCUUUUGCGACAUUUUCCUGCGUCACACGAGCUCCAAAACGGUACUUAUCAUCAUGCCAAUCAACACGCUGCAAAAUUGGCUGCACGAAUUCAACAUGUGGAUCCCGGAGACGGUGCGCGACGAUCAACGCGAUCACAUCCGACCGCGCCAAUUCAAGGUUUUCAUCCUGAACGACAACCACAAAACGCUUGCCGCCCGUUCCGAGGUCGUAAUUCAGUGGGCACGCGAAGGCGGCGUCUUGAUGAUCGGCUACGAAAUGUUCCGCCUGCUGAGCAUGAAGAAAAUGUCCAAAACCAAACGAAAAGUUCCUGUCACGCAACUCAUGACGCCGCAACAGAAUGAGGAGCAAAAAUCGAUGUUUGACUCGAUUCACGAGGCGCUCGUUUGUCCCGGGCCGGAUCUCGUAAUUUGCGACGAAGGGCAUCGCAUCAAGAACUCGCAUGCCAGCAUUUCGGUGGCACUCAAGCAAAUCAAGUCGAAACGGAGAAUUGUCUUGACCGGGUAUCCGUUGCAGAAUAAUUUGAUGGAAUAUUGGUGCAUGGUGGAUUUCGUGAGGCCCAAUUAUCUCGGCACCAAGACGGAAUUUUCGAAUAUGUUUGAGCGCCCGAUCCAGAAUGGGCAGUGCAUUGACUCGACGCCGCAGGAUUGCAAACUCAUGAGGUACCGAGCGCAUGUUCUGCACUCAUUGCUACUUGGUUUCGUGCAACGACGCUCGCAUCGGGUGCUUCAAUCGACGCUUCCGUUGAAACAGGAGUUCGUUUUAAUGGUACGAAUGACGGCUUUUCAGCGAAAACUCUACGACACUUUUAUGAAUGAAGUCGUUCGCACCAAAAAUGUCCCAAAUCCGCUAAAAGCGUUCGCUGUUUGCUGCAAAAUUUGGAAUCAUCCCGACGUUUUGUACAAUUUCCUCAAGAAACGCGAAGCUGAUAUCGAUUUGGAGUUGGAUGAGGUGAUGGAAACUGCUUCGACGACCUCCAGUGCGACCGGUGGCAAAAAACGAGGACGCAAAGCGAAAGAAAUCCCAAAACCGAAGAGUCCGGAAAUCAAACCUGCGAUAAAUUCGGCAGUUCCGCCACCUUCCUACCCUCAACAAGCACCGCCGCCGUACAAUCCGUACCCCGCAGCUGCUCCCGGAUCGUCAAAUUCAUAUCAUUCCACUCCAAACUCGUACCCGUCAUACUACAAUAAUGCACAACCCACGGGAAACAAUGGCAAUUAUUACUCCAACUACAAUCAAAACUACUGGCAAGGCUACGGCAGCUACGGACAAGAGCAAUACAAUCACCAACAAUAUUACGGAGCGUCUCCGGCGGGCUCGUAUCCUCCCCAAAACCAAGGAUGGUACGACCAAAAGCCCGAAAACGCCUUUGGGUGGAACGCAAAUGCCCCGGAAACGAAACCUCCGGAGGUGAAAGACGAAAUUAAGGCAGCGGAAGAGGAAAAACCGAAAGAAAUUGCGAGCGACAACAAAUUAGCGGACGAAAUAAAGGAAGAAGUUGAAGGAGCAAAGGUCAAAGACGAUUCCAUUCCGUAUGACUGGGCCGUUGAGCUGCUCAAAGGUUACACGCCCGAUCUCUUAUCCAAUUCCCCGAAGAUGGAAGUUCUCUUUUGCUUGCUCGAGGAGACAAUCGCCCUCGGGGAUCGCAUGUUGCUGUUCAGUCAGAGCUUGCUAACCCUCAAUGUCAUCGAAAAGUUCCUGCAAAAGUCAAAAAUCCCCAAUUCGGAUGCGACGUGGAUGAAAAACGUCUCGUAUUUCCGCUUAGAUGGCAGUACCGUGGCACAAGAACGCGAAAAGCUCAUCAACGAAUUCAAUGCGAAUAAAAAUGUUCACUUGUUCCUCGUGUCGACGCGCGCUGGCUCGCUCGGCAUCAACUUGGUGGGCGCGAAUCGCGUCGUUGUCUUCGACACCAGUUGGAAUCCGUGUCACGAUACGCAAGCCGUGUGUCGCGUUUACCGCUACGGCCAACAAAAACCCUGUUUCGUGUACCGGAUCGUCAUGGAUGCGUGUCUCGAGAAGAAAAUCUACGAUCGGCAAAUCAACAAACAGGGCAUGUCCGAUCGGGUUGUCGACGAAUGCAAUCCGGAUGCGUAUUUGUCCAUGAAGGAAAUCACGAAUUUAUGUUAUGACGAUGAAGAAAUCACGGAAGUGGAGGAUUUUGCGAAAUUUAAAGAUGAUUAUACGGAUACCGUGGUGCAUGCGUUGCUCGAAAAGCAUUCGUUCAAGUUGACGAAGAAACCGUUUCAGCAUGAAAGUUUGUUCGUCGAUCGGAAGGAGAAGAAAUUGUCGUCGGCGGAAAAACGACUCGCUCAAAGGGGGUAUGAGAUGGAGAAACAGGCGUCUAGUAAGCCGGCUUAUACGUAUACGAGUAUGGGAACGCAAUACAGGGCUUAUCGCACGCCAGAUGGGCAGUUGAUACACAAAGCGGUGCAAUCACUUGGACGGGGUCGUCCACCACUCUCAGACAAAGAUCGUUUAGCUCGAAAUAACAUGCCGCGUCCUACGACAUGGAUACCUGCUGAUGUUUGGAUCAAACAAGGAAUGGAAGCACGAGAAAUGACAUUACCUUUAGAUGUGGUGAUUCCAACAAGUUCACAAACCAAGGAAAACAUAAUUUUGAAGGCAGGACAACGAGUGAUGGUUCUCAAAAGCACAAAAGGAAUCUACAUGCAAUUGGAAUCCGGUAAAAUUAUCGCAAUCCGAUCGACAGCAAAGCCCGGAGCAACAUCAGAUGCAUCGGGUGGCUCUUCAUCCGGUCCAAGUGGUGUCGAACAAGCCCUCUUGGAGUCAACUGGCACCAAAAAAGUCGAUUCCGACGACGAUGAAUGCGUCAUGACGUCAAUUACGUACCCGAAUCCGGCACCCACAAACGCACCUCCGGCAUCUUCGUUCAAUCUUCCAUCGACAUCGGCCGCCAACAACAUUCCACAAAGCCAGGCAGUUCCCGUUCCGCAGCAACAACAACCACAGGAACCGAUGCGCGAAAAGCCGGUGUACAAGCCGAAUUUAGUUCCACGCAAUAAACCUCGUACCCCAGAAACGUUUGUUCCUGCCGCCGGAACGCCCAAUGGCAGUGGCGGACAUCAAUAUGGUGGCUAUAAUCAGCCUCCAGCAGUGUCGCCGCAACAACAAGCACCACAAGCGCAGCAUCACUACGGAACUUAUGAUCAACGAGCUCCCACAAAUGCGUUGGGACACAAUCCAGUGGCCGGCAAUACGACGUUUUCGCACGCAAAUGCACAAAAUUUCUCAAAUUAUCAACAUUCGAAGCCCCUCGCCCCACCAACGAACAGCCAACCGGCAUAUCCUCCAGCGCCGGCCUACAACAGCGCAAAAAGCUACCAAUAUCCUGAUCAAAGUUACGCGUAUGGCGCGUACCCCAAUCAACCGCCUGUGCAUCCGCAGCAGCAGCAACAACGACCCCCAAUGCCACCAGCAGCAAAUGGCGGAUCGUAUUACAAUGCCAACGCACACCCAAACUCUCAAUUACCACCCCAAGGAAACAAUUGGCCGAACUGGCAGAACGACACGAAGCGUUAAAGUUGAAAAAUUUUUCCUUUUUUUAAUCGAUUUUCUUUUGUUUCUGUGAUAUUUUUUUUAUUAAAAAUUCCCAUUUUACCCAAAAAUUAAUUCUUUCGGCACGGAAAGUAAAGUAUUUAAAGCUAGAAAGGUACUGAGGGAGGAUCAGUACUAAAAUUAUCAUAAAAAUAUAUUCAAAAAAAAUAUCAUUACCUUUAAAAAAUUAGAAAUUUAGGAAAACUGUGGCAACCAAAAUGCAUUCAAAGCAUUGUAUUUAAGAGUAUUAAUUAUAUUAUUAUUGUGAACGAACAUUUAACUAAAAAAAAAACAAUAAACUGACAUUUUAACGAUUAAACUACAUGAUGAUGCUGGGGUAGUAA